CUAGUGCGCACGCGUAGUGGCGCUUUGUGCGGUUGCCUUGGUAGCAGGAGGAGGAAGAGGCGGAACGUCUUAGUAGGACCCCUUAUGAGGAGGACCGGAGCCGUGCAGAGUAACGUCAGGGGUUUAUUAAGUGCUAGACAGACUGACAGAAGGACUGACAGGAAUCUCUGUGGAGCGUGAUGUCUGCAGAUGACCUGUGGAUCUGUAGUGAGCGCAGGGAGCAGAAGGAGGAACACUUUAGAGAGGAGACUCCAUGGCUAAAGAUCCGUUGGCUGAAGCUGGCUUCCACUUUGACGAGGUAAACAAGCUGCGGGUUCUAGAGCCAGAUGUGAGCCAGAGCACGGCGGAGCUGAAGGAGGAGUGCAGAGAGUUUGUGGACAAGAUCGGACAAUUCCAGAAGAUUGUGGGCGGUCUCAUCAGCACAGUGGACGGGUUGGCCAAGGAGGCGGAGACUGAAAAGAUGAAGGCCAUUGGAGCCAGGAACCUUCUGACAUCUGUGGCGAAGCAGAGGGAGGAGCAUCAGCAGCUGCUAAAGGGUCUUAUUGCUGAGAAGAAGAUGCAGCUGGAGAGGUACCGGGUGGAGUACGAAGCCCUUUCCCGGGUAGAGGCGGAGCAGAGCGAGUUCAUCAACCAAUUCAUCCUGCAAAAGUGAGGCGGGACUCACCUGUCUGAGGCUGCUGCCUACAGCUUAAGCCACCCUGCUGUGGGGUCGGGGUGGUGGUGGUGGGAGGCUCCAGGACACCUUCCUGUUUGUCCCACAUGUGUUGUCACACUGUGACCCCUCCACCCCCUUGCUCAGAGAGCACACACUCAUCAAGGCGGCUGGUUUGUUUCCCGCUACACAAGAUCCUGACAUGGACAUGAACUGAAACUCAAACCUGGGUCGGACUCAGCAGGUGCUGUUUACAUCUGUGCAUGGGAGGGUGGAGCGGGCGCUGAGUAACUGAGAUGUACAAUAAAGUUUUCAUGUUCAAAUGA